UCGCACGGGGCUCGGACGGGGCUCGGGGGUCGCGGCGGGGCCCCCCGGGCCGGGGCGAUGCCCCCCUGCAGCCGCACGGACUGAGCCGGGGCCGGCCCGUGCAUGGCCCAGCCAUGGAGGUGGUGGACGAGACGGAGGCUCUGCAGCGCUUCUUCGAAGGUCACGACAUUAAUGGAGCUCUGGAGCCAUCCAACAUUGACACCAGCAUCCUGGAAGAGUACAUCAGCAAGGAAGACUCUCCAGAGAUCUGCUUCCCUGAGAUCCCUGCUCCCGCCAGCUACACACACCCCCAGCCCUCCAGCUCCGCCGGCAUCCCCGCGCCUCCCGCCAGCUCCAUCAGCAGCGUGAGCAAUCCCUCUCCCAGCGCUCCCCUCCACCUCCCUCCCGCCGGCAGCCAGCUCCCCAUCCGGCAUGGUCCUCUCCUGGCCAAUCCCUGCGGAGCCGCCUACGGAGCUCACCUCAACUGCAACAACAACAAUGGGAUGGUGGUGCCCAAGGGCUUCUUGGGUGGCCACUGCCUGAACAACGUGGUCCCUCCAAUCAAAUCAGAGCCCAAGGCCUCCUACGCACCUGGUACUUUGCCAGACUCUCCCCCGGAUUCCGGAUCGGAAGCCUACUCCCCUCAGCAGGUGAACGAUCCUCACCUCCUCCGGACCAUGACUCCCGAAAAUAUGUGUCACAUGACUCCCCCUUCCCGCCUGGAGCACCCUCCUCCUCCGCCGCCUCCUCCUCCACCCCCUCACCUCCAGGGUCCCCCCCCGCCACCCCCACCGCCCCCUCACCCCCUGCAGCCACAGCACAAUUCCCACUUUCCCGGCCUGCAGCGGGAUAUGUUCCUGAAGGCCGAGCCCCUGAUGCCUCCGUACAGCGUCGGGCCGGGAAUGGCGCCCGCCGAGCUCCACCAUGCCCAGCAAUCCCAGAUGCUGCACCAGCUCCUCCAGCAGCACGGAGCAGACCUCCCGGUGCAUCCCGCCAAGAAGCGGAAACACUCCGAGUCCCCCCCCAACACCCUCAACGCCCAGAUGCUCAACGGGCUGAUCAAGCAGGAGCCGGGAAUGGGAUCGGUGCCGCUCAAUCCCGAUCGCGUCCAGACGCCUCCCUGGCACCAGCCGGGAGCGCUCUCUCCAGGCCUGAUUCAGGAUAAUGACAGCCUGAAUGGCUCCUACCUGGAUCCCAACUUCCAGUCCAUCAAGUGGCAGCCACACCAGCAGAACAAGUGGGCAACUCUGUACGAUGCCAACUACAAGGAGCUCCCGAUGCUCACGUACCGCGUGGAUGCCGACAAGGGCUUCAACUUCUCCGUGGGAGAUGACGCCUUCGUGUGCCAGAAGAAGAACCACUUCCAGGUCACCGUGUACAUCGGAAUGCUCGGCGAUCCCAAGUACGUGAAGACGCCCGAGGGCCUGAAACCCUUGGAAUGCUUCUACCUGAAGCUGCACGGAGUGAAGCUCGAGGCCUUGAACCAGUCCAUCAACAUCGAGCAGUCGCAAUCAGACCGCAGCAAACGGCCCUUCAACCCCGUCACGGUGAACCUCCCCCCAGAGCAGGUCACCAAGGUCACUGUGGGGCGGCUGCACUUCAGCGAGACCACGGCCAACAACAUGAGGAAAAAAGGCAAACCCAACCCAGACCAGAGGUACUUCAUGCUGGUGGUGGCCCUGCAGGCACACGCCCAGAACCAGAACUACACACUGGCAGCUCACAUCUCCGAGCGGAUCAUCGUCCGGGCUUCCAACCCGGGGCAGUUUGAGAGCGACAGUGACGUGCUCUGGCAGCGGGCGCAGCUCCCAGACACCGUGUUCCACCACGGCCGCGUGGGAAUCAACACGGACCGCCCGGAUGAAGCCCUGGUGGUCCACGGCAACGUGAAGGUCAUGGGGUCCCUGAUGCACCCUUCGGAUGUCCGAGUGAAAGAGGACAUCCAGGAGGUGGACACCACAGAGCAGCUGAAGCGGAUCUCCAGGAUGAGGCUGGUGCACUACAACUACAAACCCGAGUUUGCAGCCACGGUGGGCAUUGACAGCACCUCUGAGACAGGUGUCAUCGCUCAGGAAGUGAAGGAGAUUCUGCCAGAAGCUGUGAAGGACACUGGGGACCUGGUCUUUUCCAAUGGGAAAACCCUGGAGAACUUCCUGGUGGUGAACAAGGAGCGGAUCUUCAUGGAGAACGUGGGAGCCGUGAAGGAGCUGUGCAAGCUCACGGAUAACCUGGAGACACGGAUCGAUGAGCUGGAAAGGUGGAGCCACAAGCUGGCCAAGCUCAAGAGGCUGGACAGCAUGAAGUCAACUGUGAGCUCUGGAGCCUUCAGCCAAACUGGGAGCCAGUUCAGCCGGGCAGGAAGCGUGCCCCACAAAAAGAGACCCCACAAAGUCACCAGCAAGUCUCCGUCGGUUGUCCCGGAGCAGGCCUGCAUCAGCCAGCGCUUCCUUCAGGGCACCAUCAUUGCCCUGGUCAUCAUCAUGGCCUUCAGCGUGGUGUCCAUGUCCACGCUCUACGUGCUGAGCCUGCGCAGCGAGGAGGAUCUCGUGGACAUCGAUGGCUCCUUUGCUGUACCCACUGCCUGUCUCCUGGCCCUCUUUCGGCAUGGGGGUCCCGGAAUUCCGGUCGCUCUGUGUCCACGGUCAAGCCAGAACAUUGACAAGACGCAGACAGUGCGAUCCACGGCCACAUCCAAUGGAGCCAGCAGCAGGACCCCCCCAGAGCACGUCCCAGAUGAAACACAUGGAGUAGCCCUUGGCAUUCCCGGUCACGGUGUGCUGGCUUGUUUCAGCCCUCCCUGUUUUUCCUCGUGCUGCUCCAUUGCUCCCACUGACAUCUCCAUUGUCCCCUCGGAGACCAGCCCUGCCCAUGCCACCAACCGGACAGACCAAAGCCAGCCCUCCCUCCUGCCAGUGACAAAUAUCAAAGCCAAAUCCAGGGGCAUCACCGGGAAAUCCACCUCCUACACCAAGUGGCCAAAGACUCCUGACAGGUCUCAGAGCUUCGGCAGCCCCAAUGCCAGCCCCUCCUCCCCCUUCUCCCACAUCCAGGGCAAAUCCAAGUACAUCUCCAACCUCUCGCUCUCCCGCAGCAACUCCCGGCAGCAGCGCAGCCUCCGGCAGCCGGUGAGCGAGUGGCCCCGCACGGAGCAGCCCAGCACGGAUGGGCCAAGCCCGGUGCUGCAAUCCAUCCGGAUCCUGGAGAUCAACCUGGCCAUCCAUUCCCAGUACUGUGCCGCUGCCGACGCCUGCAGGACUGGGAAUUUCAGCUACCGCAUUCCUGUGAGCCAGCGGACGGCCGUGAACACCAACCUGACCCUGGAGAUGAACUCCUCCUCCACUGUGUCCAUCUCCCUUUGUGACCUUGUCUCCAGUGAUCCCUGCCAGGAUUCUGUGAGCGGGAACAGCUCCACUGACUCCACAGAUGCACAGGACACCACGCACCGCUGGCCUCUGGUGAUGCUGUCCUUCCGGGAGUUUUCCUACCACUUCCGAGUGGCGCAGCCGGGCCGAGCUGACUGCGGCACUUCCCUGGAGCAGCUGGGACACCUCUUCACUGACUAUUAUUUCCAGUUCUACUGGCUCUGUGAGUGAGUCCUGGCAGCACCAGUGCCCUCUGCUCGGAGACAGGAGGGGAACUGGUGCCACUGGGAGCCUCCCGAAUUCCCUGCUCCACUGGCCCCCAGCCCCACCUCAUCCCCGUGUCCUGCGGCAGCUCCGGAGCUGGAAUGGUGAUGGCUGGAGACACUGAAGCUCAGGACAGACAAGACCUAAAAGCCACCAACAGCCCUGUGGUGGCUCCUGGGGGGACCUUGCACCAAUUCCCAGCAUCCCACAACCCUCUCCUUCCGUUAUGGGGAUGUUUGUGUCCUCCAUCACUUCCCCUUCCCCUUCCAACACUGGAUUUGGAAGCAUCACACCGGACUGAGCGUGGACAGCUCUGCCACAUCUCAGAGGGAUGCUCCUUCCAUGGACAGGAGCCCCAUCCCGGUGCUCCCAGAUGUCCCACAUCAGUUCUUCACAACACUGGAAGUGCUUCAACACUGGAGCCCUUUCCAAGAGCCAAAUGCUGGAGUUUGGCCUGGAAAGGACGGCUGUGCCUGGACCUACUGGAAGUUCUACACUGGAGUUGCUGUUCCUUCUGCUUGGCCCAGGGCCACUUCCCACAGACUUCCCAGAGACUCCCGGACCUGCCAAUGGACACGUUCCUCUAGGAACAACUGGAGAAGGAGCAACUUUGACGUCAUCCCCCUCUCUUCUUUGUGCUCUUAAAUCCCAUAUCCAUGGGAGAUAGCUAGGUCUGGAUGGAUAAAACCCCGACUCAAGCUGCUGCUGAGGCCAUGCCGCACCUGAGGACACUUGUCCCCAAGCCAGGGGUGACAAAUGACCGGGACUUACCCACAUUAAGUGUGGUAGGAUCCGCUUUUAUCCGCUUGGAAGCGGUGUGUACUGAGCUGCCUGGUCGGCUCUGGAGCCAGUGCCAACCUCUGCCCAGAUGUGCAGCACUGGCAAAGCCUGGAGUGCCCUGCGGAGCAAGGCUAAGUCCCUGGGAACACCAGGAUCUGUGUCCAGGCGGGAUCUCUGCCUCAGGAGAGGGGUGGUGUUCUCCCAAAAGAUGGGAUGGCAGCAGCUGCAGGCUGUCCCUGCCCUCACAGAGUUACGCUGGGGGGAUUUGGGAUAUUUUACUGUUACAAGUCCUUAACUUGCUAAACUACUGAAUUCUUGUGGGGUUUAAGGCGUAAAAAAAAACAGGAAUUUCCUUCUGGCCCCAUUGAGCCACGUGUGUCCUGUGGGAAAGCCAAGUGGCUCCCUGUGCUUCCUCCUCCCCAUCCUGCUCCUCAUGCUACAGAGGAGUUGUCUGCGUUCUGGAGGCUCAGCCACCUCCAGGUUAUUCCAAGAUGGAUUUCCCUGAGGAAACAAGUGAGAGGGAAAUGCCACAUGCUGAUCCUAAGGACACUCUAAAUCUGCUCCAGAAAAACAAAGAUGGGUUUUAUCCAGGUAAAGUGGUGGUUCCUGGGCACAUCUGGUUUUAUCUCCCAUCAUCCCCCUCCUGAGCUUAUCCCAGCAAAACAGCCCUGAAAUUCCUGGUGAUGUCACUUGGAUUUGGCAUCUGCCCCCAAGAAACUGUUUGAAGGGAGCUUUCAAGGCCUGGAAACACUGAAUUAUAGUUACUAAAAUCCACUGAAUCCUGGGAAGCAGGGAAUAGUGGGUGAGCAGGGCAUUCCGAGCACCCAAGCAGUUGGAAAAAAAACAGUUUUGGACAGCUCAGUGGGACAACAGGAUGCCCCAAGGCUUGGGAAUACCUAUGCACAAGCAGGGGGGCUCCAUGCUCAGCAGGAUUCUCUGUUUUUCCCUGAAAUUGGGAAGAAAACACCAGGAUGUAGCUGAGUGCUCUUCCCUCCACCUGCCCUGAGCAAUUUUUCCUGGUUUUAAACUGGGAAGUGACUUCCUUGGCAGGUUGUUCCCUUGGCAAUCAGUGGCUCAGGCUGGCACCUCCUUCCUCAGGUGAGUGAUGCCAAGCUGGGAUAAAAGCCCCUGAAGAGGAAACAGGGAAUGCUGGGGAGGCCAGAGCCUGCAAUCACCACCCCCCCUCAGCCAAGACACCCCAGUACAUUCCACCCCACUCCUGAGGGAAGGAAUCAAUCAGUGGUGGCCCAGGAGGAGUUGGGAUCUCUCAGGUGUCCCCAGGAUGCUCAACCAUGGGAUUUAGGGAGAUUCCCAACAAACCAAGUGCCUGGAAACAUCUCUAGUGCCUUUUUCCUUAUGGAACAGCCCCAAGGAACAGUGUUUUCCCACAUAUAUUCCCAAAUGCUGCAUCAGACGUGGUACCUGGGUGGUUUAACUGGGAUGUGGAAAUUCCUAGAGUGCCAAAGGCAGCCCUACCCACAUGGAGCUGGCAGAAAUCCCUGGGAUCAGGAGAGGACAGGGAUUCAGGAUGAAGUUUUUAGUGUCAAUAUUACCUUAUGUCUUAAAGUGGCACAGGUUGCCCAGAGAAGUUUUGGAUGUUCCAUCCCUGGAAGUGUUCCAGGACAGGUUGGAUGGGUUUGGAGCUGCCUGGACUAGUGGAAGGUGGGUGGGACUGAAUGGGCUUUAAGGUCCCUUCCUACCCAAACCAUUCCAGGAUUCCAUGAUAAAAAUCAUCCACCAGCUGCUUCCCAGUGAGGCAGCAACGAGCUCCAAAGGGGUUCCGAACUGUAAAAUGAAGGAGUCAUGGAAUUGCUUCCAGGCCCAUGGAAACAGCUGUCUGCAUGGAUUUCCCCCCCAAAACACAUCUCUGCCCCUUCCCUGUCCCCAAUCAGAACCAAGAGAGUUCACAAUCAGGCCUUUCCCCACGUGGGACAGAGGGAAUUCUGAGCCGGCCUCUCCAGCUUGGGGAAAUCCCUCCCUAUCCAGCGGCAAAGAGACAUUCCUGGCAGGAAAGAAGACAAAAGGGUGGAGAACGAGGCUGUUUGGGAGUUGUUUCAAAAGCAAAUUCCCAACUCUUCUGUCCUACUGUUGGAGCUUAAAGCCUGUAAAUAGAGACUAUGGCACCACUGGAAGAAUUAAGGAAAAAAAAAAACACCACGUAAAGCACUAAUUUUGUUGGUUUAAAUGUUGCUGCCACAGCUUUAAUCACUGUAUUUUGCCAGCCAGUUUGUAGAGUCGCAUUUGUAGCAGGUUAUUAUUGAUUCCUCGUUUUUAUUUGUGGGGAACAAGCGUGGUUUCCCUCUUUUCUUCCUGAUUUAUAUUUAUAUUUUGCUGAAUUUGAGGGCUGAGUUUCCGGAUUCCCCGGAUUUUUUUGUUUGUUUGUUUUGUUUUGCUUAUUUAGACUUUGUUUUAUGCUGGAGGUAAAUGUGCCCAUAUGAAUAAAAUAUAUAAAUACUGCUUUGUAUCCAA